AUGGCAACUACUCAGGGCUUCGGUUGUGCAGCCGACCGCGCAGCGCCACGAUUGCCAGGCCAUUCUAUCGACCAUUCAUUGAAUUACUCGCUCGAUAGAAACCGUGCCGUGUCGGAUAUGCUGGACCAGAGUGCUUCAUCUGGAAGUGAACCGCGGCGUCCCAACCCGUCGUUUGUCUUUCCCGCACACGCAGCAGCUCCUUCGACGUAUAACGGAAUACCACGCAGACGCCCAUUGUCUAUGGUGGAUGUGCACUGCCCGCCCUCUGACACGGCGACUGUGCCACCGUCGGAAAGAUCGCACGGACCAGCAGCGCUUCCGCAAUUCUCUUUCAACCCCGGAGCAUCAAUCCCAGCAGAUCCAGAGUCAAUUGCCACACUCAGCCCUCCAAUCACGCCAAACUCGCCGCGGUUGGUGCCCUCGCCGGCGCGACCAGCCGGUCACGGACAUCGUCGAGGGGGGAGUGAAUUCGUCGGUGGCAGCAUGCGCGAGGGCAACUUCAUUGCUGUCAUGAGCACAAGCCCAACCAAGUCUGAAGGCGGCUUUGCUUCUCCCGGACUUCAGCCACCUCGAAGGACUCAUCGACGGGGUGUGUCUGGCGCCAUAUCAACCAACGAUCUACCCUACCUGCACUCACAACCCGACUUUUUGAUGCCCAGAGGAAACAGCGCCCCAAACAGCCCCGUUUCCUUCCAUGUCAAGGAAGUCGCACCGAUACCACUUGAUGAUCAACCUCCUGCGCUACCAGAGCCCGCCAGGCCUGUACCAAAGCAAAGCAUUGCCGACACAGUCGACAAAGCCUCCGCCAACGAUUUUUCAGUACCUGUGCCGGCGUCUCCGCUCCAGUUUGAGCAAAUUCCGAGACUGUCGAGAAACGGCCGAGCACGAGUCGGAUUCUCCGACACUCUAGAGUUCAUUCCGAGGCCUCUCUCCCUGGUUUCCAGCGACACAUCAAGCACCGUGACAGCUCUUCCUGGCCAUUCUGUCUCGGGUAGCAUAUCGUCCAUAAUAUCUGCUCCCUCCCCCCUCGACCGCGAUAGUCCCGCCUUGCUCACCCGCAGCUCAACGCUUGAAAAUUACGAGUCUCGGCCAAGCACUGCUGGAGCGAUCUUGGAGGGAUUCGCGUCUUCCAAACCUGCCGAUGGCGGAGCUAGAUCGCCUAGGCGACGCAAUUCGAUCCCGUUGCUUUUUGAUGUCGCCCAGACAGAAGCCAAUAAUAGCCUGACGACCCCGAGUCCGGUAAAAACAUGCAACAAGAGAUGGUCAUUCUUCGGCUUGGAUCCGUUUGUCAAUUCCGCACCUUUUGCGAAGCAUCGGUCCUGCAAUUCCAGCUCUUCGGAUUCCCUGACAAAAGCAGUCUCCAAGGCUUCUUCUUCCGAUGCCGACUCGGAUUCGUCCGACGACGAGGCGACUGGCGAAGACGCAUCUGGCAGCAGCAAAAAGGAGUGCAAAAAGACGAGGAAGAAGAAUCGCGUCAAAGGCUGGGCAGGCUCCAUUCUCCCCCUCCGGAGCAGCAGGAAGCGUUCCAAGAUGCACGCGGUCCGGCCGCCGACCCCUCCCGCAUCAGUCGGUCCAGCGGACCCGGAAGAGCAGGAGAAGAAGGAGACUGACGUUUGUGGAAGCGAGGCAUUGCUGCAUACCCCCACCGUCAUCAUCACCGAAUCGCGAACCGUUGCGAAAGAUGAUGGCUUGAAACGACGGGCUGAAGAGGACGGUGCGUACCCCAUGAUUGACUUGGAUGCAGCUCUCGGCCCCUUCAACACGCCGUUGCCUCAAAACCCGGAGUGGGAUGCCGCACAGCGAGCGGCCGGAAAUGCCGGCAGGCGACGUUUGCACAGCGCGCAGGGGAUGAAGGGUUUUAGCGGACCUGGUAUGCAUUAUCAUCGCAGAGCAGAAUCCGCGCCCGAUCUCCCUCCUUUUGAUCUCGGACAUGCGGGGGGGAUUCAUCGUUUUGGGAGCAGCUCGACAAUGGCAGAUGUAUUCGAAGAGGAUGAGGAAGAUGACGAUGACGACGAGGCGAAUGAUUCGGAGCACCAUGAUGUCGAAAACGUCGAUGCCGACGGUUCCGAGCCGGAGCGAAGCGGCAACCCCGAUGGAGAGGCCACACCACCGGCCAUGGCAAUCUCGGUCUCGGAUGCUUCAGCAGACGCCGCAAAUGAAUCGUCAACAAGACACGAAGCUCGCCAAGCAGGCUGCGGGACUCGCAGCAAGGAUCUCUCGGCUGCUGUCCAUGCGGCGGCGCAUGCUGAGCGAUCCGAAUCGUCCCUCAAGGAUGGGGUGGCUGCUGAGGAAUCCUCAUCCACCAUGUUCUGCCCCGCAUCAUCCCUUUUGUCUUGGUUGCCCGCGGAUGCACAAGACUCUGCCUCGUCUUCGCCAAGACUGACCCCAGGCUAUCGGGAGCUCUCUACCGAGAGCGGUCAAGUGACGGCAAUGAACAACGCUGUUGCUAUGCCUGCCAGUCCUUACUCGACAAGCCACGCAUCGUCGUAUCCUUCGCCGCGCUCGCCCAUGUCCAUCGACGCGCAGCGAAUCUCCACGGCACCGUCGUCGGUUGCCGACGGGAGCAGCUUCCAUUCGCUGCUAAUGGGCGAGCCUGGGCCAGAGGUGCGCAUUUCGGCCGACUAUGACAUGCCGUCCCUGACGUCGAGUACGACGACAAUAACUCGCGAGAGCACAUUCAUACCCAUGGCGCGCAUGUCUCAGCCAAGUCUUGGCCAGCAGCGUCCUGUUUCCGUAUCUUCGGCCGCCUUUGGGCAUAGACGAGCAAGCUUGGUGUCAUUGAGCCGAUUGAUAAGCACGUCUCACGGCGAGAGGAGCAAGUUGUCGGUGGAAGCUACUCUGGACAACGAUGCAGAAGCGAAACAGGGGCGAUGGAAAAGCAGCAAAUCAAAGCGACUGAGUCGCAUAAUGCAAUUCUGGAAGCCCAGCAAAGGGAGCAGUCCACCGUGA